CUUAUCAACUUUUUGUGGUAAAUACGCUCGACAUUUACUACUCGAGUGGUUAUGGAAGUUCAUACUAACCUGGUAUCCGAAGCUGGUGUUAGCAAGUCGGGGCUUUCUGGUGGCCUUCAAUAGCUCCUGGUUAAUCAGACGAGGAAUACCGAUGCGGUGGCAAAAGUCUUUUUCGGCCAAAGCUGACCUUAGUUCCCCAGCCAUAUUACUCACGAUUGUGUCAUAGGUCAUCACCGAUGAUGAUGCCGGCCUAGUACGAAGUAUUAAAGAGUUAGACUUGAUUAUUCAUUUGCCUUAGGAGUCUUGGUAGUAAUCUGCUUAACUAUCUUCACUCCAGGCGUUUAAUCACCAAAGCUCGGCUAAUGCUACAUCAAGCUACCAGGCAGGAGUUCUCCCAUGACAGCAUCAUCACGCAUCAUCAAGAAUGGCGGUAGUCCAGACUUCGGAGUUCCAAUACUAUGCUGGUCUCGAUCCCUUUGACCGUAGACUUCUCUACGAGCCAAUCGUUCUCGAGUAUGCAAUGAUUCAAAGCUGCAACCUGACCCGAGAAGAACCAGAAAGCCACGCGACGGUCGACUUUGACAACCUGCAAUCCGACUCCGAAGCCUUUCGCGUGCUCGUAAAUAAGCUCGCCCAGGUCUGUGACAAUGACCGAGGCGGGAAUUCAGUCACCGCCAUGACGAUUCUCGAAGGGACGAAUGGGCCCCAAUUCGUGUUUGCAGCGAACAGGAAGGACGAAGAGGAGACUAGGGCAACCACGAGAUUCGUAACGAACUUACUACAGUUGGCCGGGCAGAAUCCCCAAAAUCUUAGCUCCGAUGCCGUCGAGAAGAGAGUACUCUGGAUGAUAUUAGCUUUCAACAUGCCCCGAAUUACCGAAUACAAAGACAAACUCGAUAAGGCUUUAGGCCUUUGUCUAGAAGACCAUGAAUGGCGACAGUCCGAAGACGAGGCCUUGAAGAGUGAGCUUCAAAAGCUCAGAGAGAAAUGCAGCUUCUCGGUCAACAACAUACGCGAGCAGGAGGAAAUCAAGUGCAAGUCUCCCCCCUUCUCACUGAGAGACUGUAAAAGGCUGAUCAACCUGAUCCAUAAUGCCCAGCUGGCGAUGACAGGGAUCAAGAAAGCCGUCAGGACGAAAGCCAGGGGCAGCGAGUUCCUCAGGUCUGGGCCGUGGUGCGAGCUAAAACAUUAUCUCGGCCGUUGGCAUUCCUACCGUCAAGCUGCGAGCUUCAUUGUUUGUGCAGCAACAGCCUGGCCGCUACUAUUUCAGGACUUUACAAUCACCUCACUACCGUCUAGUACUCGCAUAUCCAAGCCCAUUGUACAGUCGGACCUGACAGCUAUUGCCAUUGUUCAACACAUGGAGGCUUUCGAGAAAAGGAUCUCCGCAGGAUGGGUCUCGAUAAGGCUAUCCAAAUUCAACUCUUGA